GUUUGAAUAAGAAAUAGUGAUGAAGGAAACAGGUUGCAAUCUUUCAAUCGAUCCAAUGAGUGGAUUCUGUUCUCAGACUAAGAUCUACUAUAGUCUCAGACCUCCGGUGCCACUUCCGCCGGAGACCCAACCCCUCUCCGCCGCUGCCUACGCCUUAUCUCUUCUUAGCAACACCAACUUAUCGCCGGAAAACACCACCGUACUCAUCGAUUCCGCCACAGGCCACCGCCUCUCCCAUUCCCAAUUCAUCCACCGAGUCAAAGCCCUUUCCGUCAAUCUGCAAACUAAAAUCGGACUCUCCAGAGGUGACACCGCCUUCAUUCUAUCUCCAACGUCCAUUCAAAUCACAAUCCUCUACUUCUCUCUCCUCUCCCUCGGGGUUGUCAUCUCUCCCGCCAACCCAGCCAGCACAAAAUCCGAGAUUUCACACCAAAUUGAGAUAAGCAAACCAGUGAUUGCCUUCGCCACGUCCGCCACCGCCGUGAAGCUCCCUUCUUUCCGCCAUGGCACGGUUCUAUUGGACUCGCCUGAUUUCCAAUCCAUGAUGACGACGACAUCGGGUGCGGAAUCGGAUCUGGUCGAGGUGAAUCAGUUAGACCCGGCAGCGAUUAUGUACUCGUCCGGCACGACAGGACGAGUCAAGGGUGUAGUGUUGACUCACCGGAACCUUAUUGCGUUGAUCGCCGGGUACUAUGCCUCGAGACCGGAGCAGGUUGAGGAGAAUCCACCACCGGCGGUGUUACUGAUUACGUUACCAUUGUUCCAUAUAUUCGGUCUGUUUAUGUGUAUGAGGGCGGUGGCUUUGGCGGAGACGAUGGUGCUGAUGGAGAGGUUCGAUUUCGAAGGGAUGCUGAAAACGAUAGAGGCGUAUAAGGUGGGUUACAUGCCAGUGUCGCCGCCGCUUGUGGUGGCGAUGGCAAAGUCGGAAUUGGUGGAUAAGUAUGAUCUCAGCUCACUACAGGGGGUGGGGAGCGGAGGAGCGCCGCUUGGGAAGGAGGUAACCGAAAGGUUCGCGUCUCGGUUUCCCAACGUGCAAAUAGGACAGGGUUAUGGGUUGACCGAAUCAACAGGGGGAGCAGCAAGGAUGGUAGGGCCUGAAGAGGGAAAGAGAUAUGGCUCUGUUGGCCGACUGGGUGAGAAUCUGGAAGCCAAGAUAGUUGAUCCUGUAACUGGUGAGCCCUUGCCUCCUGGCCAACAGGGAGAGCUUUGGUUACGAGGACCAAUCAUCAUGAGAGGUUAUGCAGGAGAUGACAAGGCAACUGCUUCAACCUUGGACCCAGAGGGUUGGUUAAAAACUGGCGAUCUUUGUUAUUUUGACUCAGAUGGCUUCCUUUUCAUUGUUGAUAGGUUGAAGGAAUUGAUAAAAUACAAAGCAUACCAGGUUCCACCAGCUGAGUUAGAGCAUUUGCUUCAAUCCCAUCCAGAAAUUGCUGAUGCUGCUGUGAUUCCGUACCCAGACGAAGAUGGAGGCCAAAUCCCUAUGGCAUUUAUAGUGAGGAAACCUGGGAGUAAUCUUACUGAAGCCCAAGUAAUGGAUUUUAUAGCUAAACAGGUGGCACCUUACAAGAAGAUACGCCGAGUUGCUUUCAUUAACUCAAUUCCAAAAAAUCCUUCUGGAAAGAUCUUGAGAAGGGAGCUUGUCAGUCGUUCUCUUUCUGGUCCUUCAGCUAAAUUAUGAUCAUUCUUGCAGUUCAAAA